AUGGGACCACAAAUCAUCUGCGGCGUUUUGGGCCGGGAUGAAAGUGGAGUACGUCUUCUUCUUGGAGUCCAAGUUGGCUUUUCACAGAAAUCACCCCGAAUUCAAUGGUAUGGGGAACGAUUCGAUCUCACUCGCGCGAUUACUGAGGCUGCUGCUCUAGGAUUAUUUGAGUACGAGGAAUAUAUUAGUCUGAAGACGAUCAAUGAUCCGAAUGAAGGCUAUGAGACCAUCACUGACCUUAUGGGUCUACAAGAUCAGAUUGAUGCUUUUCAGAAACUUAUUUUCUCGCACUUCCAGUCAGGAACUCACAAUGAGUGCCGGAUCUCGGCGUUGGUUCCUCUUGUGCAAGAAAGCUACGGGAUUUAUAAAUUCAUCACCAGCAUGUUGAGGGCGAUGCACACAGCCACUGGCGACGCUGAUGCACUUUCGCCUCUACAUGGACGCUACGAUGCUCAACAUCACCGCUUGGUCCGAUUCUACUAUGAGUGUUCGAACUUGCGUUACCUGACCAGCUUGAUUACUAUUCCAAAACUCCCCCAGGAUCCACCAAACUUACUCGGAGACGAAGAAGAACGACCAGCCUUGCCGAAGCGGCCCACGAAGGAGGUUGAGGCAGCGCCAUCUCCUCCACCGAAAUCUGUGGCCGCUGAGCCGGAGCCCAUUAAUGAUUUCUGGAGCACCGAAGCUCGCCGGCAACAGGAGGAAUUUGAAGCCGAGCAGCUGCGUCUUCAGCAGCAGUGGGAGGAGCAGCAACGCCAACAAUUACUUGCGCAGCAGCAAGCCCAGCGUGAUUUUGAGGAACAACAACGUUUACAAGCGGAGCAACAGCGUCUUGCUCAGGAACAACUUAUGCGCGAACAAUAUCAGAGCCAGACACAAGGUCGACUUGCUGAACUAGAAAGGGAGAACCUGAAUGCUCGUGCACAAUAUGAGCGGGAUCAGCUGAUGCUCCAGCAAUACGACCGCCGUGUGAAAGAUCUUGAGGAACAAAUGAGUCAGCUGACGUCGAACCUGAACAUGCAGAAUGCGUCCAAGGAUGAUCAGAUUAGGUCCCUUCAGGAGCAAGUCAACACAUGGAGAAGCAAGUAUGAAGCUCUGGCGAAACUUUAUUCUCAACUUCGCCAGGAGCACCUAGAUUUACUCCAGACAACAAAAAGCCUCAAACUGAAGGCAGCGUCCGCCCAGGAAGCAAUAGAGCGACGAGAGAAACUAGAACGUGAGCUUAAGACGAAGAACCUUGAGUUGGCCGACAUGAUCCGGGAGCGGGAUCGUGCUCUGCAUGACAGGGACCGCCUGACGGGAAGCAACAAGGAUGAGCUGGAAAAGGUCAAGCGGGAACUUCGUUUCGCUAUCGAGCGCGCAGAGAACGCGGAGCGCCAGAAAGGCACCGAAAUCUCCUCCUUGCUCUCGAAAUAUAACAGGGAAAUGGCUGAUCUAGAGGAAGCACUGAGGAAUAAAACACGCGCCUUGGAGGAAUAUACCAAGAAUAACGAGAUGCGAAACGGCGACCACGAACUCGCGCUUCGUGAGAAAGAAACAGAGCUUGAAGCAAUGCAAGCUGCUAUGGAUGAAGCCCUUUUAGAACUAGAGGAGCUGAAGCUGAGUCAAGGUGAUGCCGACAAAGCGCUCGAUACCCAGAUCGACCACGUCUUGCACGGCACAGUCUCAAAGAUCAACGAUAUUAUCGAUUCAGUGCUCCAGACCGGUGUGCAGCGUGUUGAUGAUGCACUUUAUGAGCUAGAUUCUACCAUGCAGGCUGGUAACCAGAAUGCUUCUCCACCAUACGUCCUCUCACAAAUUGAGAAAGCAUCUGCAUCAGCAACGGAAUUCUCCACUGCGUUUAACAAUUACAUUAGUGACGGACCCAAUAGUCCUCACGCUGAGAUAAUUCGCACUGUCUCUACCUUCUCUGGGGCUAUCGCCGAUGUCCUUAGUAACACCAAGGGUUUAACUCGCUUUGCGAGUGACGACAAGAGCGCCGAUCAACUAUUAAGCGCUGCUCGCAAGUCCGCCCAGGCCACUGUUCGUUUCUUCCGUGGGCUCCAAUCUUUCCGUCUCGAGGGCUUAGAAGCCCUGCAAAAGGCGGAUGUCGUCAUCAACAACAACUCCGAGGUGCAGAGGGACUUACAAGCCCUGUCCAAACUCGUUGAUGCCUUUGCACCAAAGAGUAGUCGACUCCAGACUAACGGAGACCUGGGCGACUUGGUGGACCAAGAGCUUUCGAAAGCCGCGGACGCCAUUGAUGCCGCCGUCCAAAGACUUGCGAAGCUUAAGAGCAAACCUCGCGAUGGCUUCUCCACCUACGAAUUGAAGAUUAACGACGUGAUCUUGGAGGCUGCGAUCGCCGUUACGGGUGCAAUCGCGGAGCUCAUCAAGGCCGCCACCGCGUCCCAACAGGAGAUUGUCCGCGAAGGACGUGGUAGUGCUUCCAAAACAGCUUUUUACAAGAAGAACAACCGGUGGACGGAAGGUCUUAUCUCUGCUGCCAAGGCUGUCGCCUCCUCAACCAACACAUUAAUUGAGACUGCAGACGGUGUGAUUUCCGGCCGCAACUCGCCUGAACAGCUUAUUGUGGCUAGUAACGAUGUUGCUGCUAGCACCGCACAGUUGGUCGCUGCUAGUCGUGUAAAGGCUACUUUCAUGAGCAAAACUCAAGAUCGUCUGGAGACUGCUAGCAAAGCCGUUGGUGCAGCCUGUAGGGCUCUGGUACGACAAGUGCAGGAUAUCAUCGCCGAGAAGAACCGCGACGACAAUGAGGCGGUGGACUACUCUAAGCUCAGUUCGCACGAGUUCAAAGUACAGGAAAUGGAACAACAGGUCGAAAUACUUCAACUUGAGAAUGCCCUUGCUCGCGCCCGGACUCGUCUGGGAGAAAUGCGCAAGAUUUCCUAUCAGGAGGAUUAGAUCACCGGCCCAUGAAUCCGGAGUAGUGGUGGUGCAGAAUAUUAUAUUGACUCCUGGCAGCUCCAGUAUUUGGACACAGUGUCUCUCGUUAUGCUUUCAUUUCCUUCUCUACUGUACUUUUUACGUUCAUUUCAUUUUGGCUGUUUUCCACUAUGGCUUGUUAUACCACCGUCCAUAUGUCACUUUCAGACUCAAUAAGAGUUGGCC